AUGAUGAACCAGCGUAGGAUAGAGGGGAAUAUUCCUUUCUCGGAUUUCCUGUCAAACGCGCUGGCGAAAGAUCCGUUGACCGAGAACAACGGAGAGAAAUUGCAGCGACUCAAAGCCGACGUAACAAAGAAGACUUCAUUCGAUGACUUGAUUGCGGUACUUGAUAGCGCCCUGAGUGAUGCUUGUCGUCUGAAACGAAAAACAAAGCAAACUGAAUCGCCCCGGCUGCAAAGGCAAGAAAGGUGUUUGAAGUUCGCCAUUGAGAGUCUGGAAAAGGCACGUGACUUGAAAAAGGAUUCCUCGCCGGUAACGGAAAUUUCGGAUUUUGUUGAAGAUGCAGCCAUUGCAAUCAAUAGUGAAGAUGAAGAAAACAUUACAACGCUGCCAUUGAGAGUCUGGAAAAGGCACGAUUCCUCGCCGGUAACGGAAAUUUCGGAUUUUGUUGAAGAAGCAGCCAUUGCAAUCAAUAGUGAAGAUGAAGAAAACAUUACAACGCCUGGAAAGAAGAGCAGCAGACGGAAGAAACAGCUGAAUGUUUUGUCUCGUUUUGAAUUGCAGAAGGUAAAAGAAAAGCAAUUAGACGACAUUGGUCAAAUGAACGCCUGUCUCCAAAUUCGACAUCCUGUCAACUCAUAUCAGAGGCAAUUCGAAGAAUCAGAAUAG